AGUCGGGUAGUCGUUCCGCGACAGCCUUGCCGUGCGCGGUCCGCGACCAUCAACCACUCAACCACUCAACCACUCAACCACUCACCCCCUGAGGCCGGCGGAGACGCGCACCAGGCUCAGCCAUGGACCGCGAGGGCUCGCCCGACGACCUGCUGGACGACCACCCGCUGCGGCCGCAGGCGGCGGUGCAGUCCCUCGCGCUGCUGCAGGUGCCCGGACAGCGCUCACGCAACGUGUCCAUCUCGUCCAGCGUCACGGACCUGGACGCGCCCAUGUUCGUGCGGGACACGUCCACCCCGCCGCCGCGCCAGCGACAAGGUUUCAACUGUCGGUUGGCGUUCGCCAUCGCGGCCGGCGCCCUCGGUUCUGCAUUCCAGCACGGCUACAACACCGGAGUGGUGAACGCGCCACAGAAGCUGAUCGAGGGAUGGAUCAGGGACAUCGAGGCGAACCGCUCGGACAUCGAGUCGUGGGAGGUGGAGAAGACCAAGGUGACGAUGGUGUGGUCCAUAGCCGUGUCCAUCUUCUGCGUGGGCGGCAUGAUCGGCGGCUCCAUCACCGGCAUCGUGGCCGAGCGGCUGGGGCGGAAGGGAGGCCUGCUGGCCAACAACGUGCUGGUGCUCUUGUCCGCCAUACUGCAAGGAUGUUCUAAGUCUGCAGAAUCUUAUGAGAUGAUCAUCAUAGGCAGAUUCCUGAUUGGAAUCAACUCCGGUUUAAAUGCUGGCCUCGUUCCGAUGUACUUGUCUGAAAUAGCACCGGCACACUUAAAAGGAGCUAUAGGCACGGUGUACCAGCUGGUGAUCACCAUCUCCAUCCUCAUAUCCCAGAUCCUGGGGCUGGAGACCAUCCUGGGCAGCGAGAACGGCUGGCCCAUCCUGCUGGCACUCACCAUCGUGCCGGGGAUCUUCCAGGUGCUCACGCUGCCGUUCUGCCCCGAGUCGCCCAAGUACCUGCUGCUCAGCAAGGGGCUGGACAUCGAGGCCCAGCGAGCUCUGGCCUGGCUUCGCGGCACCAUCGAGGUGCACGACGAGAUGGACGAGAUGCGGGGGGAGUACGAGGCGGCCAAGUCGGUGCCCAAGGUCACCCUGCGGGACAUGUUCAUGAACCGGGCGCUGCGCAUCCCGCUCUUCAUCUCCGUGGUGGUCAUGAUCUGCCAGCAGCUGUCUGGGAUCAACGCCGUGUUCUUCUUCUCCACCAAGAUCUUCAUGAUGGCCAAGCUGUCGGACAUGAACGCCCAGUACGCCACGCUGGGCAUGGGCGCCAUCAACGUGCUGAUGACGCUGGUGUCGCUGGUGCUGGUGGAGCGGGCCGGCCGCAAGACCCUGCUGCUGGUCGGCUUCUCCGGGAUGUGCGUCUGCACCGUGCUGCUCACCAUCUGCCUCGUCUACGUGGAAUACUCGGUGCAUGUGUCCUACUUCGCCAUCUUCCUGGUGAUAUUCUUCGUGGUGAAUUUUGCGAUCGGGCCCGGCUCCAUCCCGUGGUUCCUGGUCUCCGAACUGUUUAACCAGUCGGCGCGAUCGGCCGCCACCAGCUGUGCAGUGGCCAUCAACUGGACGGCCAACUUCAUUGUGGGGAUUACCUUCCUGCCGCUCGAGCAAGUCCUUCACGGCUACGUGUUCAUCAUCUUCGCGGUACUGCUGUCACUGUUCGUCCUCUUCGUCUACAGGAAAGUCCCGGAAACCAAGAACAAGACGAUGGAGGAAAUAACAGCCAUGUUCAGGCAACGAUCUUACGAGUGAACCGUAGGGCUUAGUGUCAUGAUAUUAUAAGGAACUUCUGUACCAGAAGACACAACUUGGAGCAAUGCCAAACUUGUUUAUGGUUUGCAAGUACUACAGUACCGCUUUGCAAAAGAUGCAACUUAGUGUAGUCGGGUUGUUCUGUAUAUCUCUCGAUGGCUAUCACAUGACAGGCUAUUUUUUUUAGUACAGUGUAAUGUGUUUUAUAGAUGAAGUGCUUGUCGACUAAGAUGACAUUGUAGAAGUAAAAAACUAAACGCAUGUGGACAUUAAGUAUAUUUUUAGUGAAUAUUAGUUAUUUUAUUUGUGUACCAUAGAAUAUUGGUUUUUAGAAUGAAAUCAAACAUAUCUUUGUAUAGAACUAAGAAAUUUGUUGUAAGUGUAGUAAUCCUAAAUAUUUUGAAGGUAGGCCUACAUUUUAUUUUUGGAUUAAAAUGAUAAAAUUGUGAUAUUGUUUUUAUGUCUGAAAUAUUUUAAAAGUCCUAAUGUUAGUGAAAAUUUGCAUUGAUGCUGUGUCUUAAACGAUAUAGUAGGUGUGAGUUCUGAAGUUGUGCAUUAUUUUAGAGUACUGUUUUCACAAUACUGUAAUCAGCUCCCCUAAUAGCUACAGUUGAGCAGGGUUACAUACGGCCAAGUCAGUUUUAUUUUUCUGCUUGCAAAGAUGAUAUUCCUUCAUUUUUUACAUUGUGAAAAAAUAUAUAUACAAUAUUGCGACAGCUAAUUGAGAACAAACAAGUUUACCUGAUAAAGCAGUUGAUACUGUUAUGCAACCCAAGAACAUGUAGUAAAUAGAGAGAAAUGUAAUGAAACCAGAACAUCACUAGUUACAUCAUUCAAAAUCACAUCACUGAUGUAGAUCAGUUAGUGGUGUGCACUACAAGAAUUUGGUAUUGAACUAGAGCUAGAUAAGAACUAGAAACGGGUGCAUUAGGAUUUUCAUUUAGUAUAGGUGCGAGUACUAAAUGAUGAUGCAUGGUUUGUGUUCUCUCAAAUUUGAAUUAUAACUCAGUUAUUUCAUUUAAAUCUACAAUUAAUCAGAAGUUCUAGCAUAUUAUGCUAAAAUAUAUAAAUUAGGUUUAUAUUUACAUCAGAGAAGUUAAAAGACAAGCCUUAGGUAAGUGAAUUUUAUUAAGACUAGUUAUAAGCGGGUUAAGUCGGUGCUUUGUGAAUCAUUACUGAAUGAUAACCUAUCGUAAAUUAAAUUUAUCUUUUGUCCCACCGUUAGUACAACAUAACACUUUUACUUAAUAAAUAAAAUAUUAAAAAAAUAGCAAUGCUGCUUGACAUUAUCUUUAAAUUUCACAGAUACAGUACUUUGCUAUUAAGUCAGUCAGAGUAUACGAACCAAAAUUCCAGCUGUAAUAUACAUACGAUACACAUAUAUAUAUUUUUUUUCCCCCAAGACAAAAGUACUACAUACUAUACUUCUGCAUUAAUCCAAGCCUCAUCUUGAUCACAGAGUUGAGAAAUUAAAUGUAUCUAGUCAGCAAUCUCAGAACUUUUGGAAACAAAUGCAGAAUAUUUAUAGUUUAAGAAUAUCAUCAGAGUCCUCAAAUGAUUUAUGAACCUAAAAUCUAUGACUGAAAUGAGAAAAAACAAACUGUCUCCAGGACAUCUGGCAAACAUUCUAUAAUGCUUGAGGCAGGGCUAGCAUUACCUACAACCCUUCCUGUCCAAAGCUUCUAAUACUAAGCUUGUAAAACGCCUGAACAAAAAGUAAAUGUGUUAUUUUUCUGCAGCAGCCAUUUCUUUGACAUAGAUUCAUCACACUUUUCCUUUGACUAACAAGAAUAGUAAAUUCACAGUGCACUGGUGUGCUUCACAACCAUUUGUGCACACAAUGAGAUUGAGAUGUUUGCUGUACGAUGAUGGAAAAAUGAAGGAAAUAACUGCUGAAGAAGGUAAUCCUUGACAGCUGAUUACAAUAGUUUCUCAUGCAGCUUGCAGUACCUGUGUGCCCGCAAUACUCUACAAACUGUGUAGCAAUAGUGUCAGUAAAAUAUGUUUCAACUUGUAGAAGUGUAUUUGUGUUAUCUGUUAAUGUGUUGUAUUUAUUGCUGUUUGAUGUUAUUAUUUAAUGUUACUGAUGAAGCAAAAAAAAAGGUAUCUAUAUAUUUUGUGAAAAUUCAGGUUGUGAUUUUCGUUUAGCAACUAUGAUUUUAUUUACCAUGAAACAGAAUAUAACAAAUGAAAUUCGAAAACAAUGAAAAAAAAAUUAUAUAUUACUGGAUUUACUUGAAAUUAUUUUUUCACAUUGGUUACUUUUUAACUAACAGAAAAUUUCACUGCCACAGAAUUUGACAUUAUUAUUAAACAUUGUAACCAAAUGUUUGUCUUAGCUAUGGCAAAACAUUCCACAGCGUGUUGACACUCCAACUUACAACCAAACAAAACUCUAACAAAGUCGGUAGCGUAAAUGAAAUAAAUAAAAUCCAGUAAUACCAAGACAGCUAGUCACUGAGCAUAGUUCAAUUAUUGCAUUGAUGCAAAUAAUUAAGUGCUUGCAAAUAAAUGAUUGAGAUGAAAUUGUGUGUGUGUGUAUGGUGUUGUCUCCUGUAUUUUUACCAAAAGGUUUAUAUUAUUUCAGAUUAAAAAUAAUACUAAUGUAUCGAAAUAAAUGGAGGAUGACCAGCUUA